AUGCUGCCGUCCAGCUUCUUCCCUCAGCGCCUGGCGUCCUCAGUCUGCUCGCGCCUGGCCAACCGCCGCUUCGCCUUCACGUUGACCGCCCUGGCCGUGCUCGUCGCCAAGUUCGUCCACAUCCACAGCCACCUGUCGGCCCUGUCGACGCAGCAGCUGCUGCUCUGGACCUACUCCUUCUUCGCCCAGGAUCUCGGCCUGCUCAUCUUCAUCCGCCUUCUGCUCGACCACUGGGUCGCCCAGGCCUCCAAGGGCUCGCGCUUUGCCAUCGCCACCCUCACCAACACGCUCAUUGCCUACAAUGUCUUCCUCGGCCUCGUCGCCACCACCUUCUAUGUCGUCUCGGGAUCCGAAAUUCGCUGGCGAAACGUCGCGGUGGCGAGCGACGCCUCGUCACGUGCCCUCGUCCUCACCGGCACCGUUACCUUCGUUAUCAUCAUUGGUCUGAACCUGGGAUGCAGCUGGCUGCUUCAGGAUGCCUGCUAUGGCCUGUUUGGUUUCUUCGCUGAUGUUGUGAACGCGUGCUUCUGCUUCGUUGCGCGCCUGCUCGCCCGCAUCUUCUGCUGCCGUUCGCGCGCGUACGCCAGAAUCCCCCAGCAGGACGUCGAGUAUUAUCGUAGGUCUAGCUUCGAUCUGUCCGACUCCGAUUCAGAGAGCGGUCUCAGUAGUAGCGUAAAUAGUGGCAUAUUGUCGCCCCCGCAUGCCUUCUUCCGACUUCUUUCCGGUUGGUUGGAGAGGGCCAACAUCAGGGCUUCACCUACCGCCGUCCAGUUCGUUUGCAAGGUUAUCGUGUACAUCCUCGCCUCGAUCCUCCUGGUCGGUCUCAUCGUCACGAGCAUCCUCCGGCCUGUCGACGGCUCGCUGACUUUCCUCUCGUGGACCACUGGACUGCUCCCCUUCAUUGACUUCUCGUCGUCGUCGCCCACUCUCGAGAAGCUCCAGACCCAUUAUGGCACCGGGAUCCAGCACAAAUGGGACAACAUCUCUGCCCUCGCCGAACCCAUCCCCCUGACGUGGCUCCCCAAGGGCGAUCCGCCUGUUGGAUUCGAGGACUGGUACAAGCACCUGGAUCACUAUAGCGCCGCCGCCGACCCCAUGAAGAUUGACAACCUGGACCAGCCUCUUCUUCCCGAGCUCAAGAACAAGCUCAAGGAUAUCAACAUCCGGCACGUCAUUGUCUUCUUUCUGGAGAGCACCAGGAACGACGUAUUCCCUAUUAAGAAGGAUGGUCUGAUCUGGAACCGACUGGCCGACACCUGGCCCGACAAGAAGCUGCCCAAGCAUGUGCAGGACAAGCUCGCCACGCUGACGCCAACCGCCAACUUCAUCACCGGAGACUUUGACGACGGCUUCGACCACCCCAAGGGGUCGCAGAAGGGACGAGGUGGCCUUCACUUCACCAAGGCGGUCACGGCGGGCACCUACACCCUCAAGAGUCUGCCCGCCACCCUGUGCGGAAUUCCUCCUCUGAUUGCCGAUUUCAACCUCGACUACCAGCACCACAUCUACCAGCCCUGCCUGCCUCACAUCUUUGAGGCCAUGAACCGCCUCGAGCAGUCGGACGAUACCAAGGAUCCGUAUGCCAAGUCUAAAUGGCAGUCGUACUUUUACCAGACCGCCACGCUCCAGUUCAACCAGUUCGACAAGCUCAUGGCCAAGAUUGGCUUCCCCAAGGAGAACACCAUUGACUCCGAGUACCUCCGCUCCAAGGCCGCCACCCACGGACGUGUCCCCAACCCAAACACCAACUAUUUCGGUUUCGAGGAGGAGCCGCUGAUGGACUACAUCCGCGAUGCCUUCAAGUCCGCCAAGGACAAUGAUGAGCGCGUGUUCCUCUCGCACAUAACGAGCACAACCCACCACCCAUUUGUCCUCCCAGAUGAGACCAAGUAUGUCCCGCUGUCCAACGGUCUGGACGAGCUGUCGCACUACAUCAACGCCCAGGGCUAUGACGACCAGUGGGCGCAAAAGGUCCUCGACCUCCUCGAGGAGCAGGGCGUCGCCAACGAAACCCUCGUCGUCUUCACCGGCGACCACGGUACCUCCCUCGCGGAGAACGACAUCGCCUCGGCCUACUACGACCCCAACGUCGGCGUCGACCACGUGCCCCUCGUCCUCUCCCACCCGCAGCUCCCGGCCUUCUCCGUCAACGACGCCGUCUCCUCCGUCCAGGUCCUCCCCACCCUCCUCGACCUUCUCCUCGAGACGGGCUCGCUCAACAAGCAGAGCCGCAAGGCCAUCCAGGAUCUCGUGGCCAACUAUGAGGGCCAGUCCAUGAUCCGCCCGCAGAAGACGAUCAGUAAAAAGACGGGGCAGGGCAACUGGCAAAUUACAAUCGUCAAUCCCGGCCGCGCGCUGCUCUCAGUCCGCGACGCGCGCUACCCGGAUCGCCAUCUCGUCGUGCCCGUCAUCAACAAUGUCGAGUGGCGCUUCACCAACAUUACCGAAGAUCCGCGCGAGCAGCAUUCCGUGCAGGGGUUCAACUUCCCCACGUUCCUGGAGAGCGUGGAGGAGAGGCACGGCGUCGAGGUGGCGAAGUGGAUAGAGGAGGGCGCGUUCAUCGUGCGGUUCUUCGUGGAGGAGAACAAUAAAAGAUGGAGGUAUGGGCCAUACGCCGUCUAA